GUUGGAAAAUGCCUUAUCCAUAACCAAAGAGGGCAAAUGGGUAAUUUAGAAUAUAGUUUUUUGGUUUUGGACCAAAACCAGGGGUCGUACAACCGCCAGUUUCAACAAAAUAUUGGGGGCGGCCUCUCAAUCCUCCCUUAACAAUCUGUAUUUUCAAAACCCCACCCCCACCAUUUACUUCAUUGGUUUUCCCUUUUUUUAUUUUUUGAAUUUUCAAAAACUGUUUUUAUAUUUAGACCAACUUACUUUCCUGUUUUAUAUAGCCCCUGGUUUUGCUCUCUUUUCUUCCCCUACCUUUAUAUAGUAACAGAUCUGUUUCUUCUUUCAUCUCUACUGUAUCGUUACUUCUUUUUCUCUCUGCUCUACAUAUAUAUCAACCCACAUACAUAUAUAUAGCGCUUAUUUUCAUAUAACUUUUACGUAUCACAGAGACUUUCUUCUUCUUCUUCUUCUUUUCAACGUGAUCGUUUCCAUAAUCUUUUUUUUUCUGAUCAGCUUUUUUGACUUGGUUUUGUUUCUAUACAUAUUUUACAAAAUUGUAAUUUGGAUGAAAAUGGAUGAUGGUUUUGGAUUGGUGGAGACGGAGGGGAAUAAUAAUAAUAAGGACGUGGUUGUUGUUAGGCAUGGUCCGCAUAGACAUAUGGGUCGGGUUGGAUACGUGAAGAGGGUAAUCGGGAAGCGAAAAUGCAGACGUGUUAGAGUUAAAAAGACGACUUCGCCCCCGGAGGUUUCAAUGGUUCUUCAGCAGCUGUUUUUGUCUUGCCGACAAGUUUUCCAUGGCCCUGGAAGUGUUCCUUUGCCCGCUGAUGUGCAAAACCUAUGUACUAUUCUUGAUAUUAUGCAGCCAGAAGAUGUAGGGUUAUGUCGGGAUCUGCAAUUCUUUAACCCAGAAAUUCAACAUCUCAAAGGGACUCCUAGAGUCACUUACACUACCAUUUACAAGUGCCAUAAUUUUUCGUUGUGUAUCUUCUUCAUUCCUGCAAAUGGCGUGAUUCCUCUACACAACCAUCCAGGAAUGACUGUGUUUAGCAAACUUCUUAUGGGAAAGAUGCACAUCAAAUCUUAUGAUUGGGUUGAUCCUCCUACCAUCGCCAAUUCAAAUCAACAUCAUCACUCUCUCACACCGAUCUCCCAAUUGAGAUUGGCAAAGUUGAAAGCUGAUAGUGUGUUUACUGCUCCUUGUGAUACGUCUGUAUUAUACCCAACAAGUGGAGGGAAUAUCCAUGCCUUUACAUCUAUAACCCCUUGCGCAGUGCUUGAUGUAAUGGGACCUCCUUAUUCUUCAGAAGAUGGUCGAGACUGUUCCUAUUACAAAGAUCAUCCUUAUGCUUCAUUUUCAAAUGGAGAGAUAGGAGGACAAGUGAGUAAGGAGGAGGGAGAAGAUUGUUAUGCAUGGUUGGAAGAGAUUGAGAUGCCUGAGAAUUCACACAUGGAUGGAAUUGAAUAUUUGGGUCCACAAGUUAUGGACAUGUAAUUGUUAAUUAGUUCCCCUAGCACAUAAACAUAAAUGUCCUUUACAAAGGUUGUUUCUUUUAUUUUUAUUUCACACACAGCUUUUUGUCCUUUUUAUACAAAUUUCUUGUUGUAGAUGUUUACUUUAUUAAUCAAUUCAAUAUUUCAGUAAAAAUAAAACAAAUUAUCUGA